AUGAAGCUCGGGAGCGAAUUUAGGAACACCGAGUUUUCUGAGUUACAAUUGGACGAGGAGUGUGACGGGGUGAUUUCAGGCUGUCGCAAGGUGAAGUCCACCAUCACGAUGGACGCCAGCAACAUGAAGCAUGUGCGGGUUGAAGAAAAGACCACUCACAUCGAACGGAUCACCGAGGGUGACAAGAUACUGAGAAAUAAGUGCGGUCAGCAAUACAGCAGCGGUGGUGAGGUGUCGGCACAGGGAAAGUACAUCGAGUCAGGCGAUCCCACAUGCUUCACGGUUCAGCUUGAGUAG